CGAUUAUCACCUUAUCACCUCUCAACACCAGAUUCUCACUCCUGAAACCCUCCUCUUUGCCCAACUCGUCGUCCAUUUCUCAUCGCUCAUCCACAAUGGCUGCCCUGCCCGCCUGGAACUUGCUCAAAGGCAAGACUGCCGCCAUCACCGGUGGCACCACUGGAAUCGGUCGCGCAAUUGUUCUGGCAUACAUCACGCAAGGAUGCAAUGUCGCCGUCAAUCACCUCGGUCUGGAAAAGGAUGAGCAGCACCGUCACAGUCUUCUCGAGGAGGUCAAGGCGAUCAAGAAUACGGGUAUCAAGGCAGGCGAGAUCCUAGAGCUCCCAGGCGACGUGACAAAUCCUUCCACCAGCACCAACCUGGUUAAGCAGGCUGUAUCGCAAUGGGGGAAGCUGGACAUUUUUGUCGCCAAUGCGGGUGUCUUCAAGCAAGCAGAGUUCCUCAAAAUCGAGCCAUCCCUCCUCGAUCACAGUGUCGACGUGAACGUCAAAGGCUGCUUCUAUUCCUGCCAGGCCGCCGCUCGCCAGAUGGUCGAGCAAGGCCACGGCGGGUCCAUCAUCGGUAUUUCCUCCGUCAGCGCCCUGGUCGGCGGCGGUUUUCAGACCCAUUACACACCAACAAAGGCUGCUAUUCUCUCUAUGAUGCAGUCCAUGGCGAUUUCCCUGGGUGGAGACAAGAUCCGGUGCAAUGCUCUCAUGCCCGGCACGAUUGCCACCCAGUUGGCCGACCACGAUAUGAAGAACCCUACCAAGAAGGCUAUGCUUGAAGAGCGUAUCCCGCUUGGUCGGAUUGGUGAUCCAGAAGAUAUGGCGGGGCCGGCAGUUUUCCUGGCCUGCGAGGAGAUGAGUCGUUAUGUGAAUGCCACAGGGCUGUUGGCUGAUGGGGGAAUGUUUAGUAAAUUGCAGUAGUUUGUGGCAGUGCUUUUCAUGUAAUUGAUAGAAUUGACAUAGAAUAAAUUUCGCCAGUUUUAUUCAUUGG